AUGCAGCUUAUCAGCCUUUCCGCCCUCACGCUAUUUGCCUCAUCUGCGCUUGCGGCCAGUUGUUUUGGUAACCAGCAAAAGGGCAUCGCAGAAUUUCAAAAUGCGUACUGGGACGCUCGCUCAAAGAUGUGCGGCAACUCGGAAUGUGGCUAUCAACAAAGCUGCACGACGCAGGGUUCCCAGACCCUACAAGGACUCGCCAAAGUCACUGUCAAAGUCUCCCUAGAGCGCAAGAACACGGGUAACAAGAAGGGAUUCAAGGACUGCUGGGAUGCUACAGGAGACAUCAUCGUUCAAUGUGUUCGAGGAAGUCAGCAAAUGAGUGGAACAUGGGAAGCCAAUGGUCAGCUAUAUCAAAUGAACGGCUGGUAUGCUUGA